AUGAGGCCUAUCUUGUUGGCGGGCCACGAACGUGCCCUGACCCAGAUCAAAUACAACCCCGACGGCGACCUUAUCUUCUCAGUCUCGAAAGAUCAACAGAUUUGCGUGUGGUUCGCACACAACGGCGAGCGGCUCGGGACGUAUCGCGGCCACCAGGGUGCCAUCUGGACCAUCGAUGUCGACCCCACAUCCACCAUCCUCGCUUCAGGGUCUGCCGACAACACAAUCCGCCUCUGGGACAUCAAGACGGGCAAGUGCCUCAAGACAUGGGACUUCCCUACGGCUGUCAAGCGGGUCGAGUUCAACGAGGAUGGCACCAAGCUGUUGGGCGUAACAGAGAAGCGCAUGGGGCACCUGGGCACGAUCGUAGUGCUGGACAUCAAGAUCGACGUGGAGGCAGAGCAGAGCGAUGAGAAGGUCAUGACCAUUGUGUGCGAUGAGAGCAAGGCCACGGUCGCUGGGUGGAGCUACCUGAGCAAGUACAUCAUUGCCGGCCAUGAGGAUGGUUCCGUUUCCCAAUACGACGGCAAGACGGGCGACCUGCUCUACAACAUCCCCAUUCACGAGCUGAACCAGCCAAUUACGGAUCUGCAGUGGUCUCAGGACAGGACCUACUUCAUCACUGCCUCGAAAGACAAGACCUCCAAGCUCAUCUCCUCCAAGGACCUCGAAGUCCUCAAGAGCUACACCGCCGACACACCUCUCAACAGCGCCGCCAUCACCCCGAAGAAGGAUUUCGUCAUCCUAGGAGGUGGCCAAGCCGCCAUGGACGUCACAACCACAGCCGCCCGGCAGGGCAAGUUCGAGGCCCGCUUCUACCACAAGAUCUUCGAGGACGAGAUCGGGCGCGUGCGCGGCCACUUCGGCCCGCUCAACACGGUCGCCGCCGACCCGACGGGCAAGGGCUACGCCAGCGGCGGAGAGGACGGCUACGUGCGCGUGCACGCCUUCGACAAGGGGUACUACGACUUCCUGUACGAGGUCGAGAGGGAGAGGCAGAACAGGCUAGCGGCCGCUAGUGCUUGA